UCGUGCGGUACAGACUCGUUUCUUCCUGUAAUAUUAUACGAAAUAUUUCGAUAAAUAAAUUGCAAUAUUUUUAUAGUGUCGAAUUUUGUUUGGUGUUUGUGUAUUUCAUGAUUUUGUGAAUUUAAGUGCUUUUAGGAAUUUAUGACUACGUUUAAAACUAAGAAUGUACCAGUCAUUCAGAAACAAAACAUCGUUUUGCACACAACCAAAAUAGCAAGUAAUAAUGACUAUCAAUUUAAGUGUAAAGAAAUGUGACAAAAUUUACCAAAUGUGACAUUCACUGUAUUCAGUACCAAACAAUGUUGUGCUGUAAAGAACUUAAACUACUCUACGCAACUGUUGUUCUAUUGCUUGAGGCUGAAUUGUUGGUGAACACAGAUGCUAUGGAGUCGAAAAGAUCUCCAAUAUCUGUGACUCAAAAUAUGGAUGACCUUAAAUCAUUAGAACUAUGUACAACCAGAAAUCAACAAAGGUUGGGAAGCGUAUUCGGUAAUUUUACAAGACAUCAUAAAAAAGGCCAUAGGAGAAGAACAACGACAACUUCUUCAACUCAAACGACUAUAAUAUACACUACCAUUGAAAAUGACGAAGAUUCCACGGAAUCUUACACUAGUGCCUACAACAUAAGCACAGCUAUAUAUCCAAACUUACCCAAACCGCUCCACUUAUUAUCUAAUUUAGAUGAGGAUAAUGUAAAUAAUAUAGAUAUAAUAGAGAAUAGAGAAAACGUUGAAAAAAUUCGAGAAAGACAUCAUAGUAAACAUCGUGAUCGAUUUCAAAAAGAAAUCAUAUCUGAACUUGAGGAAGAAUCACUGUCAAAAUCAUUAAAUAAAGUUAAGAAAAUGUACAGAGAUGCGACUGUAUCAGCAGUUAAUAAAUUAGGUGGUAAAAAUAUAAAAAACGGCAUAUUUUUGACUGAGAAUUGUACAACGGUCAUAGCUCAAAUAGGAACCACGGCAGUAUUACACUGUGAAGUCAGCGACAUAACUGAAAAUACUGUAACAUGGAUAAGACGUAAGGAUUACUCACUAAUGUCAGUCGGUCUUGUCACUUACAGCGCGGAUAGCAGGUUCUUUUCCGCCCAUGGGAGACAUGUUAAGGACUGGGCGCUGCAUAUACGAUUCGCUACGUCCGCUGAUGCCGGAUACUACGAGUGCCAGGUGCCGAGGCAUCCGCCUACAAGCAUAUUUUUUAAACUCGUACUUGUAGCUGCCUAUGCAGAAAUUGUGGGUGAGUCAGAGAAAAUCAUCCACGAAGGCUCUAUGUUGAAACUUGUCUGUGUAGUCAAGAGAUCUACAGAACCACCGUCGUACGUCUUUUGGUAUUUUGAAAAUCGGAUGAUAAAUUAUGACCUCAAUGGGGUGAGUGUCCACAACGGUAGGCAAACCAGUGAGCUGAUUAUCGGGAAAGCGGAACCUCGGCAUGCAGGCAACUACACGUGUGUUCCGGCUAAUGCCCGAGCCGCCUCCGUUACAGUACACGUCGUACAAAGCGAAACGCCAGCCGCAAUGCAGCACGGAAAUAAUUCUUCAGUUAAAAUACAACUUUCACAAUUAUUAUUUGCUAUGACAUUAUUAUAUAUAAUUCAACACAUUUUGCGAGGAUAUGGAUAACAUUAUAUUAAUUCUAUUACACUUUGAUGUUUUCCGGCUUAUUCAAUGUCCUGUGAAAAUUUAUGGCAUAUAUAAUUAAACUAAAUUGAUAAAUAUAAUGCUUCGCUGCAGUAUAUUGAUACAAAUACACGUUGUUAUAUUAUAUAUAAUGACAAUUUAUUAUUAAAUAAACAAUUUUCAUGCAAAUAAUAAAGACUUGUCCUAAAUAACAAACAUGUUUCAGCUGGAACAGUCUUUGAAGAGUUGUAAUAUUUUGUAGUUUGACGUGUGUUGAUAAUAUUAAAUGUGUAUAGAAACUAUUUUUUAUCUUAAUAAAUAAGCCUUGGAAAACAUCUUGUAAUAUUUUUCAUAUAAUUAAAAAUACUUUAGGUCUAUUAAAAUGAAGUAUACCGAAUGAGUACAAUAAUGGUUAUUGUAAAUAAUUGUGAAAUAUAUUCGCAUUUAAGUAUUAUAUAAAUUAUCUGUCAUGGUUAUAAAAAUAAAUAAGAUUUUGAAUUUAA